UCUGUCCCUGCAGGUCGUGAUGGCGCCCCACGAGCCCGCGGUGGUCUUUGUGGACAACUACAUCAAACUCCUCUCUGACUGCGCCACUGACACGUUCCAGAAGGUUCUGGAGAUGAAGGGUCUCAAGCGAAGUGAGCAAAGUAGCAUGUUGGACUUAUUCCGUCAGCGGCUCCCGGCUCUUCCCUCGGGCGCCGAAACCGGCAGCUGCGUCUCCCUGGUGGCCCCCACGCCCGAGCAGGAGUCUUCCCGUAUCCGCAAACUGGAAAAACUGAUCAAGAAGAGACUCUAGCCGUUAUCCAGCUGCCAUCUUCUUCUCCAGCUGUUUGAAGGCAUCGUGGUCCAAACGUAAUCGUUGGUUGCAGGUUGCGUUCCUCCCCCAUCGAGGGCCUUCUGGGUAGCAGAAAUCAGACACCAGCUGUCUCUGGCAGGUCUCCCCGAUGAAUUUGAGCAUGCCCCAAAUCGCAGGACAGUCCUAAUUUUUGGCAGGAAGUUGAUAUUUUCCAAGGACUUUAUCUCAAAAAUGAGAUCCCUGGAAUUUUUGCAAGGGUUAAUUUUAUAUUUAAGGGGUAGCCCUGUAAGAUGGCUGAUCUCUGUCUCUGUGCAUGUUGGAAUUUCCUUUUGCAGUGUUCCAAAUGCAAAAAAAUUUUUCCCCCAGGGACAGAGGGUUCCUCCUUCAUCGUAGAUUCCCUCACUCUUUCUUCUUUCCAUGGGUAUUUUUUCUCCGAGCUGUUUUCCGACGUAGCACUGUGAUGGUUUUAUCGGCUUCAUUACAUAAAGCACUGUUUCCCAACCUCAGUAACUUUCAAUUAUGUGGACUUCCAACUCCCAGCUGGCUGGAGAAUU